UUUUUAUAUUAUUGUAUAGAUACAUUUAUUUAUGUCUUACUAGAUUUUACUAAAUUGUUUUGAACUAUCCAUGAUACAGAUGGAUUAGUUGAACAUUCUAAUUUGGAGGUAGUGCAGAUCAAAGUCUUCAAGGAGGAUGAAUGUCAUGUUAUUUCCUUUGGAGAUGAUGAUUGCUCAAAUGGAAUGAAAAAAUGGAUCAAGGAAUUCCAUCAAAGUAAACCGGGGUUGGAGGUAUUGCAAAAUCAAAUCGAUGACUUUGUAACUGAUUAUGAGGAAAAAUCGGAAGAGGAACGAAAAGCAAAAGAAGCCCUUGUUGCAGAAGGAGGAUGGACAGUGGUUCAACACCACAAGGGUAGGAAGAAAACAACUGAUUCUGAAAGUGGGAUUGUUGUGGGUUCAGUUGCUCAAGCUGCGGUGGAGAAUAAAUUGGCCAAAAAGAAACCUCAAGAAGUUGGUCUAGAUUUCUACCGCUUUCAAAAAAGAGAAGCUAUGAGAAAUGAACUAAUGGAGUUGCAGCUCAAAUUCGAGGAGGAUAAAAAACGUCUGCAACAGCUGAGAGCUGCCAGGAAAUUUAGACCUUAUUAAUUGAUGUUGAUAGCAACCAAUGUUGAUGGUUCUUUUCUUUGGGAGAGGGGAUUAUAUUUAUGAUGAUCUGAAGAUGAGUUUUCCUAGAUUUAUCAUUCCAAUUUUGAGGAAAAUAUUUGUAAAUGUAAAUUUAAGUUGAAAAUAUUUGAAAAUUCCUAGGGAAGUCGUUAAUUUAAUUUGAUUUAUAGUGCUAGCAACACAAUUUCUAAUUGCACUUAAAUAUUUCUCACAUGGGAGGAGACAGUCCAGCUUAGAGCCUACAGUCAAGUCAAGGUCACAUGGA